GGUCGAAAUCUGAGAGCACAAGUUUAUCAUACAGAUACACCAUAUGGCCGACAUCAGGCUCCAUACAUUCUUUUUGGAAGUUGCAUUUAUUAUUUAUUUUUUUGAUUUCUUAGAACUCUAAGAUGCUUUGCCUAAAUAAUGGACUGUUCUUUGGACCUAAAGAUAAGCUUGGUUACUUCAGUGCUUGGGUUUUCCAGCAAGCUGUGAUCCUCCUUCUACUGACAGACUCUUUCAGAGGCCAGUCUCAGGGGGUUGGAGCGUCUCAAACAAUAGUGGCAGUAGUUGGUGAGGAUGUUAUCUUGCCUUGCCGCCUGGAACCUGCAGCAGAUGUUGUUUCCAAGAGUCUGGAGUGGGGGAGACCUGAUCUGGAACCCAGAUUUGUCCAUGUGUGGCAUGAAGGUCAAAACCUUCUGGUUAACCAAAACCCGUCUUACAAAGGAAGAACAUCACUGUCCAUCGAGAAGCUGAGGCACGGAGACCUUUCACUGAAACUCUCUGCAGUGAAACACUCUGAUAAUGGAAUAUAUAGAUGUUACUUUCCCUCUCAAGAUAAAGAAUCUACUGUUGAGCUUGUUGUUGGUUCUGUCUCCUCACCUGUCUUAGCAGGGAUUUACUUAAACAGCAGUGUAGUGAUUUUAAACUGUGACUCUGAGGGCUGGUAUCCAGAGCCUGAGGUGUUUUGGCUGGACGGUGAGGGAAACCUCCUCUCUGCUGGACCUACAGAGACAGUCAGAGGUCCUGAUGACCUCUAUACUGUCAGCAGCAGAGUGACUGUGGAGAAGAGACACAGCAACAGCUUCACCUGUAGAGUCCAACAGAAGGACAUCAACCAGAUCAGAGAGACACACAUCCAGGUUACAGCUGACUGCUUUGUGGCCACAUCUACUUCUGCUGCUCGUGUCAGCAUUAUCGUGGUUGUUGUCCUCAUUUUUAGUCUUGCAGGAGUCUUUCUUACGUGGAAAUGGAGACAAAACCAAACCACAGAAACAAAGAUGCACCAUGACGCUGAAACUGAAAAGAGAGAGAGAGAGCAGCUCGUGGCACAAAGUAAGGAAAUGGAGGAUUUGGAGGAGAAAAAGGCAAAACUUGAAGAGGAGUUACAAAAGAAAGACGAAGAGCAGAAAAACUUGGAACAGGUGGUUAAUAUACUGAUUGAACAAAGCAAGGAACUACAAAACCGGAGGGAUCAGCUCCAACAUCAAAGGGAGGACAUGGAGAAAAACAUUGAAGAUAUUGAGAACAAGAUUCAGUCAGUGGAGAAGAUGGCAGAAAGUGACCGAGCUCAGGGAUACUACGAAAUGAAAAGUAUCACAUUAACGGCCAAAAGACAGCUGCAGGAUAGAAAACUAGAAGAUGCAAAACUUGACCUGCAAACACAAACACUACUGAUGAAAACAAACGGUUUGUUAGAUGGAAUGACAGACAGGAAGAAGGAGGUGGAGAACCACAAGGAGAAAAUCAACGAGCAGCUGGAGGAGAUUCAGAGGAAACUUCAGACAGACGAAAGACUGGAAACUAGACCCGUUAAAUUAUCUACAGACAACAACGUCUAAGUUUUAAUGAUAUCUGGUGCUGAUAAGGAUUUGUUUAUCUUAGUAAUAAGACAUUAAUACACAGUCGAACAUUUUUACAUGUAAUGUGCAAUUAUGGGAAUGAAAAUGCUGAAUCCCUUUACAUAAGACAGAUCAUGACGUGACAUAUUAAGCUGCAACUACUUUUACAAAAGACAUAUUGUAAUUUCAGUUUAUUAUUAAUGUUGUUUUCAAUUAUGACUGUAUUUUGUAAUAUAGAAAUACAUUACACUGAAUUUGUAAAAGGAUGUUCUGACAUUUGCUUCUAUCUUGAAGCUGACUGUAUAUUGUUGUUUGUGUGCAUCUAGUGUAUCCCAAUUACUGGUAUUAUUACAGUUUAUUUUCAAUUGGAAGUAAUGUUUUCUAUGUUUUAACUGUUUGUUGCCUGCUUUUACUGUAUUUUACUUGUUUUGGGUGUGAAUUUGUGAGGAAUCAACUCUUUAUUUCAUGUGUUUGAUGUAACAUAACAAUUUAUCAUGCUGGAUGUCCAGAAACAGCACAGAAUAAACGUGUGAUGUUAGAUUUUUUUUCAAAGAUUCUCUGUCAGUGAUUUGAACAAAUUAGUGAAUGGAUGAUUUUACCUUUGUGUUUGUCAGAGUUGGUGUUUUCUCAACUCCAACAGCAGCAGACCAACCCGUGAAAUGGUGUCAACGGUGCUGAUGAGGAGGUACAAUAAAACAGGAGGUUGAUCCGAACAAUG